AUGUAUCCAGGUAUUGCUGAUCGUAUGCAAAAAGAAAUAACAUCAUUGGCACCAUCAACAAUGAAAAUAAAAAUCAUAGCACCACCUGAACGAAAAUAUUCCGUAUGGAUUGGUGGUUCAAUUUUAGCAUCAUUAUCAACAUUUCAACAAAUGUGGAUUUCAAAACAAGAAUAUGAUGAAUCAGGUCCAUCAAUUGUUCACAGAAAAUGUUUCUAA